AUGCCCGUCCUUGCCUCCGCCCGCUACGGCAAGGACAAUGUCCGCGUGUACAAAGUGCACCGGGAUGACAAGACUGGGGUGCAGUCAGUGACCGAGAUGACGGUGUGCUGCAUGCUGGAGGGGCAAAUCGAGACAUCAUACACAAAGGCCGACAACAGCGUAGUCGUGGCCACCGACUCCAUCAAGAACACCAUCUACAUCAAGGCCAAGGAGCACCCCGUGAACCCGCCCGAGCUCUACGCCAGCCAUCUCGGGCAGCACUUCCUCGACAGUUAUCCGCACAUCACCUCGGCCCACAUCAAGGUCGUGGUGCACCGGUGGACACGCAUGACGAUUGACGGUGCUCCGCACCCGCACAGCUUCUUCCGGGACGGCCAGGAGACGCGCAACGUGGACGCCGUCGUGGCCAGGGGGCAAGGGAUCGACCUGAAGAGCAGCAUCGUCGGCCUGCAGGUGCUCAAGAGCACGGGCUCGGCCUUCCACGGCUUCGUGCGCGACGAGUUCACCACACUGGCCGAGACGUGGGACCGUAUCCUGUCGACCGACGUCGACUGCACCUGGUCCUGGAAGCGCUUCCCCACUGUCGCGGCCGUCCAUGAGGGCGUCGAGCGGUUUGACAAGGCCUGGGAGAGCGCCCGCAACAUUACCAUGAAGACGUUUGCCACGGAUGAGAGCGCCUCGGUGCAAAACACCAUGUACAAGAUGAGCGAGCAGAUUCUUGAGGCGGUGCCCGAGGUCGAACGGGUUGGCUACUCGCUGCCCAACAAGCACUACUUCGAGAUUGACCUGAGCUGGCACAAGGGUCUUAAGAACACCGGCAAGGAUGCCGAGGUGUAUGCGCCCCAGUCAGGGCCCAACGGGUUGAUCAAGUGCGAGGUGGCUCGCUCGUGA